UCCAUGGCGCGGCCCGUGGUGCUGCUCUGCUGCUGCGCCGCGGCGCUGCUGGCGGCGUGGUGGGGCACCGCUAGCGCCAGCCAGAGCUCGCCUGCGGCCGCCGCCCCCCUGCAGGACGAGGCGGAGAACCAGGAGAACAUUCUCUCGCAGUUGCUAGGUGACUAUGACAAGGUGAAGGCGGUGUCCCAAGGCUCAAACUGCCAGUGCAAAUGUGUGGUGAGACCCCUGGGCAGAGGAGCAUGUCAGAGGAUUAACGAAGGAGCUUCCAAAGCUGAGGAUUUUUAUGUGGUGGAAACGAUCACUUCUGGACCAGAAUGCAAAUGCUCCUGUGUGGCUCCGCCAUCUGCUCUCAAUCCCUGUGAGGGUGACUUCAGGCUGAAGAAGCUGCAGGAAGCAGACAGCAAGGACUUCAAGCUUGCAGCUGUCAUUGAGAUGCUAGAAAAUGCUUUCUAUGGUUUAGACUUACUAAAACUGCACUCUGUUACAACGAAGCUUGUGGGUCGCGUGGAGAAACUGGAAGAGGAAAUGUCUAAAAACCUCACCAAAGACAGUAAACAGAAGAGGCAGAACGCAGAAGAAAGUUUUCAGGAGGUGGAUAUUGAUAGCAUGGUGAAUUCUUCCAACAGCAUCAACAAUCAUGUUGACAGCCAAAGUUCAUUGCAGAGAGAUGCUGCAGCAGCCUACACUUUCACAGAGGAAAAAUAUGAAGAAGUUUUCGUACAUGAUGAAAUGGCUUCUCAGCAUAUAAGCUCUGCUGAGUCGUUGCGUUAUGCACUCCCAGCUACAGGGGCAAUGAAUCCAAAGGCAGUUUCACCACGAAAACUCCAUGUGAGGAGCCGGGCUCCCUCCCAACAGAACGUCAUCCGAGAAAUCACUUACUAUAAAGCCAAAGAUGCCGAAACAGAAAAUGACCUUGAAGAACCAGAAGAAGAGCCUUUCAGUGGUGAUACUAUAGAUUUGCUGAUUGAGGACCAGCUUUUACAACACAACUACCUGUCAAAUGUUCCUUCAAGGAAGCCACCACCUGUGGAAGAUCUGCUUUUACAUGAUGAUAUUCAGCUCCUGAAGGGGCAUGUUACAAGCACCACAUCCACUGGAAAAGAAACCUCUGCCAGCAUUACCACAGCAACAGAAUCACCACUGUCCUCCACAAGCAGGCUGCCUCCUCUAGAGUCAACCCCAGUCUCUACCUCAUCAGUUGCCUCUACUGCCCAUGUCCUGGAGACCACAGCAACAGCUGAAUUUUCAGUAACUGGGGCAGCAGAUGAAGAUACCACAUGGACUAUGAAAACACUGGCUCAGGUUGCCACUCAGGCUCCCACAACCACAACCACAUCCACAACCACAACCACAACCACAGCAGCACAGAACACAACUACUAUGAUGGCCCCCACCAUUAGGAUGACCACAACAGAUUUCCAGACACAGAUGACACCUGAGCCUACUUUAAGUACCACAAUCAAAGCUGUGACCUCUCCAGUCUCUGUGAGUCCUAGCCUUACUGUCACACCAGACUAUAGCCUCGAUGAGGAAGAUAUCAGAAACAGCAUUGGUCAAUGCAAGGACACUUUGUCCACUAUCACUGGGCCAGUAAUUCAGAACACAUAUGGGCGGAAUGAAGGUGCUUGGAUGAAGGAUCCAGUUGCCAAGGACGAGCGAAUCUAUGUCACCAACUAUUAUUAUGGCAACACUUUGGUGGAAUUCCGGAAUCUGGACAGCUUCAGACAAGGCCGAUGGAGUAACUCGUAUAAGUUGCCCUACAGUUGGAUGGGAACAGGCCACGCAGUCUUUAAUGGUUCUCUCUACUACAACCGAGCCUUUACCCGCAACCUCAUUAAGUAUGACCUCAAGCAGCGCUAUGUGGCUGCCUGGGCCAUGUUGCAUGAUGUAGCCUAUGAGGAGGACCCCCCUUGGCGGUGGCGUGGCCAUUCAGAUGUGGAUUUUGCUGUGGAUGAGAAUGGCCUAUGGAUCAUUUAUCCAGCCAUUAAUUAUGACACCUUCAACCAAGAGGUGAUUGUCCUCAGCAAGCUCAAUGCCAUGGAUUUGAGCACCCGUAAGGAGACCACCUGGCAGACAGGUCUGCGCAAGAACUUCUAUGGCAAUUCCUUUGUCAUCUGCGGUGUCCUCUAUGCUGUUGACAGCUACAACAAGAGGAAUGCCAAUAUUUCGUAUGCAUUCGACACGCACACCAAUACCCAGAUCAUCCCUCGCCUGCUCUUUGAGAAUGAGUAUUCCUACACCACUCAGAUAGACUAUAAUCCCAAGGAUCGGCUCCUUUAUGCUUGGGACAAUGGCCACCAGGUUACUUACAAUGUCAUUUUUGCUUACUAAAGACACAAUGGAGUAAUUUUAAUGGGCCACAGCACCUUUAUUAUAUAAACAUGUUUGUUUUUAAUUCAAUAAACCAGAGUAAAUGUGUGAGUUUUUUAUAAAGUUUUUUUUAAAUAAAAUAAAAUCGGACUGUAGAACAGUCCAUAUACCAAGUCAACCCUUUUAUUUUGGGCAUAACCUUUUUUUAUAUUGAAUAUGCUGCCUACCCUGAGACAAUGGGACAUAUGUCUCCAUUAACCCUGCCAAGUGCAGGCUCCCAGAAGGGGAAAACCCAGGUCUUUUACCUUUAUUAUUGUAAUACAAAACUUGGUUUGGAUGAGAAAACCCUCCAAAGUUAACAUUUUUUUAUAAUAAAAUAUCAUUGUUGAAAUUCAGUAAAACCAGUGUCCUGUUCAGAUUUCUACUGUUGUUGCUUGUUCCUGUUUUCUUUAUCUAUUUUGAUCAACUGACCAGCUCCCCUAUGGUUUUUAAGGUUCCUGCUCAAAUUGCUAUGUCUUUUUACAUUCACAUUACAGUUAAGGCUCCAGUCCUACAGUAUCUGGAGGCUCCAGGGGCUGUAAGAUACUGUAAACUUCAUCAUCUGCAGGAGAGAGAGAGAUCUGCUGAAGUCCUCCUUUGGCUGAGGACAGAAGGCUUCACAACGAUGGCUCCACUACUGUGGGUGCUCUGAUCUGCAGAUGACAAGGGCAAAAAGGGGCAGAUCAAGAAGGCUUUGGACCUGGCAGAGUCAAGACUCUUUCUUAAGGAUGUCCCUGGAAUGGAGGGAAAACUAUGCCAGCCCUGGAGCUUGGUUCCCACCCCCAUUUCCCCAUCUCUGAUGAGAAGCAGCUUAAUUCCUAGAAGCCUAAAACCAGCAAAUGCCUUAAUCUGCUAGAAAUGAAGAUCCAGAACCUUUAGCCCCCACAUUGCCUUUCCUUACAGCUGGGUUAAAGUGGGUGGAGAACCACCUGGGAAUUGGCAAAAAACUGAAACAGCAUGAAAUGCGGUCUCUUCUGCCUCUAUUGCUUCUGUCACUGCCGUGACCUACCUGAAAGGCAGAGUUGUCAAUGGCUUUUCCAGCCAGUUCUACCAGACCCCAACCAAGAUUACCUUGGUCAAAAGUAAGCAAACCAGGAUGACCUUAGCGUUGCCAUUUUUUUCUUGGCUAUUUGAAGAAACAGAAGAAUGUGAGCAAAGGCAACAGAACCCUCUUAGCUAUAGAGUUUUUAGCUUGUUAGACCCAAACCCAUAUAAAAUGUGACCAGAAAGAAGGGUUGUAUGUGGUGGCUUUCUUUAGGCCUGACACACACUAAAGUAUUAUCUGACAAAUGUACAGGGUUUCCCCCCCCCCAUACAUAUUGUCAAUGCUUUAAAUCAUUUCAGAAUCAGCUGCAGACAUGAUUACUCUCAUGACACUGUUCAUUUGGGAAGUUGAGUCAUAAUUUAUUUUUGACUCAUCUCUGGUUUAUUUAAAGCUACAGCAUAACUGGUAUUUUUCUUUGGGCCUUUUGGAUGGUCCCUUUUCCCAUUGAUGAGAAAUCUUUCCUCAUCCAGUCUCCUGGGGUCAAACUAGUGAGAACUAUCUAUAAAUUACCAAAUUUGGAAGCUGACAUUGGAAUAAUUUUGUCCUAGCUGCCAUUAAGUUACUCAAGGCCAAAAUUCUAAGUAUGUUGCUUUAUGGAACCCAGUUGUGCAUCUGUCGUCCAAUGCUGAGACUUCUAAUUUUCUCCAGAGUUUCUCUUGGGGUCUAGAAUUAAAGAUUCCCUUUAGAUCUAUGAAGGUUCCUUUUGGGAGAUUAUGGUAUUAUACUAUAUGACUGCUAAAUGGUGCAGAAUUAUAUAAUGACAUGAAACUGGCCUGCUCAGGUAUUGAUAUUCUCAGGUACAGACAAUGAUAUAAACAACUGGGAUAUAAUUUCUUACUUCCUGAGAAAAGUCUGAUUGGAUGAUAAUUAGUGGUUCACACGAAUCUCUAUUUUUUUUAUAUUGCGAGAGUGAUGAAAUUAAGCCAGUCUUUGGAUAUAUACAUACACUGAUUUAUGAAAAGAGGGGCUAACAUUGACACAUACCAAGUUGGAUUUAGCUUUAAACAUUUUGGUGGAAAAUUAACUUUUGGAAUCUUGUAAAGAGGUACUGGUGACCACACCAGAGGGGGGUCAUCUAAUGACUGGCUGUGGGGGGGAUACUGUCUUGAAAAGAUUUAAACAAAUCAU